AUGCGCAGCACACUGUUCCUCGCCGGCGCCGCGGCCCUGGCUAGCACCGCGCUUGCCGCCGACUGCGCGGCGCAGAACAUUGUCGACGCCUGCGUCGCCGGGUACCAGACCCGCAUCGAGGCGUGCCAGAAGAACGGCAACGACUGGAUCUGCCUGUGCGACGUGUACACGGACGUGUACACGUGCUACAACAACUGCCCGGACAGCGCCGACCGCGCCCCGGUCGAGAACACAAAGAUCAGCUACUGCACCGCUGCCGAGCCUCUCCGCGCCGCAGCCUCAGCAUCAAUGGCCAGCGUCGCCUCAGUCGCAAAGACGGCGACCACGGCCGCGCCCACGAGCGCGAGCGCGUCCGCCACAGGCUCCAGCACAGCAACAGGCAGCGCCGCAUCCGCGUCGGCGUCGGCAUUCGCCACGGGCGCUGCGAGCGCGCUGACCACACCGGCUGGCGCGGCUGUCAUUGCGCUGUUCGCUGCUGCAGGGCUUUUCUAG